AAAAUUUCUCACUAAUGCUGUUAAACCAACACUUCUCUCUGAGUUUUCCCCGUCCGUAUGUGCCGAACAUGAUUCAAGUUGGUGGUUUGCAUAUAAGCCACAAACCAUCACCUUUACCAAUUGAUAUAGCUGAUUUUAUUAAUGGUGCUGAAAAUGGUGUGAUAUAUUUCUCAAUGGGUUCUAAUAUAAAAAGUGAGAAAUUACCAAAAGAAACUAUUGAUAUAUUUUUAAAAACAUUUGCUUCCUUACCGCAACGUGUGUUAUGGAAAUUUGAAGCAGAAAAGUUACCAGGUAAACCAGAUAAUGUUUUCAUUAGCAAAUGGUUUCCACAGCCUGAUAUAUUAGCCCAUCCAAAAGUCAAAUUAUUUAUUACGCAUGGUGGUUUACUUAGUACAAUGGAGGCUAUAUAUUACGCCAAGCCUAUAAUUGGCAUACCAAACUUUUUUGAUCAAUUUCUGAAUGUGGCUAACGCAGUAAAAUCAGGAUAUGCGUUAGAUGUUGAUAUUAACACCAUCAGCAUUGCAAGCUUCGGUGCUAAAAUUAAAAAGAUUUUGAGUAAUAAAAUUUAUACGGAAAAGAUUAAAAAAAUAUCUCGCCAAUAUCAUGAUCAGCCCAUUAAACCAAUUGAUGCAGCCAUUUAUUGGACAGAAUAUGUACUACGGCAUGAAGGAGCAAACCAUAUGCGCGUUGCUGGUCAGGAUUUGAAUUUUAUGGAGGUGCAUAGUUUAGAUGUAAUUGGUGUUUUGAUAUUUGUAUCUGCAGUGGGUUUAUGGGUAAUUUAUUGGUUUAUGAGCAAAAUUUUAGGUUUCAUAUUCACGUCAAAUGCAAUUAAACAUAAAAAAGAAUAAAAAAACAUGUAUUUGGCGAUCUUAACAAAGUAGAUGGUCCUAAUGUUUUAACCAACUAAGUUCAAACAAGAUUAAAAAAAAUCCUUGAAAGUAACUUUUUCAAUCUAAACUAUUUUUAAAUGUAAGUUAUAGUCAUUUUAUAAUCUAGUAAAUAAAAAUAGUAUUGUUAAAUAGCA